AUGAAGUCUUCAGUCUUCUUCGGCACGGCUCUUGCCGCCUUUGCUAAGCUCGCUUCAGGUGCCGGCGUCACCGGCGCUGCCGAGGGCUUCGCCAAGGGAGUUACCGGCGGCGGAAGCGCCACGCCCGUCUACCCCACAACCACCGCCGAGCUUGUGUCCUACCUUGGCGAUAGCUCGGCACGGGUGAUCAUUCUUACGAAGACAUUUGACUUCACCGGCACCGAAGGCACCACAACGGCGACUGGGUGUGCACCCUGGGGAACGGCUUCUGCCUGUCAGCUUGCCAUCAACCAAAAUAGCUGGUGCGACAACUACGAGCCAAACGCGCCAAAAGUGUCAGUCAGUUAUGACAAUGCCGGCACUCUGGGCAUUACUGUGAAGUCCAACAAAUCACUGGUCGGCCAAGGAAGCGCCGGUGUCAUCAAAGGAAAGGGCUUGAGAAUUGUGUCUGGAGCCAGUAACAUCAUCAUCCAGAAUGUUCACAUCACAAAUCUCAACCCCAAGUACGUCUGGGGCGGUGACGCCAUCACGCUAGACAACACUGAUUUGGUGUGGAUCGACCACGUCAAGACUUCACUCAUCGGAAGACAGCAUAUCGUCUUGGGUAGUAACCCAUCUAAGCGCGUCACUAUUUCUAACUGUGAGAUUGAUGGCAGCACAUCGUGGUCUGCAACUUGUGAUGGUCACCACUACUGGGGCCUCUAUUUUACCGGCUCUAGCGAUUUGGUCACUCUCAAGGGCAACUACAUCCACCACACCUCUGGCCGCUCACCCAAGGUCGGUGGAAACACAUUGCUUCACGCUGUCAACAAUUACUGGUAUGCCAACAGUGGGCACGCGUUUGAGGUAGAUUCAGGCGCCAUGAUUGUUGUGGAGGGCAGCGUGUUCCAGAAUGUCGCCAACAUGGUUGACACCUCGAGCAUUGGGGGGCGCAUAUUCACCAGUCCUGACAGUAGUACCAAUGCCGCCUGCUCAAGCUACUUGGGCCAUGCCUGCCAGGUCAAUGCGUUUGGUAGCACCACUAGUUACGUGGGUACGGACACAAGCUUCUUCUCCAACUUCGCGGGCAAGAAUGUCGCCAGCGCCAGUACGGCAACGAGUGCUCAGAGCACCGUGCCGAACAAUGCAGGUAUUGGAAAGAUUUAA